AUGCGAGAUACUGACAACUCAGCUCCACCACCGUGCACAGUUGCUUUUUGUUGUGGCGCGGAUUCUUUUGCUCCUUGUGAUGAUAAUGGUGCUACUAAUUAUUGUCGUAGUGAUACUAGUAAUGGUGUUCAGAUGUACGGUUAUAUUGUUCCCGAUUAUGGUAUGAUUACCAGUUGGUAUGAAUGUCCUAUUGAAAACUGUUUAUGUGAAAAUGGUGGAACAUGCACCGGUCCUGAUGGUACCUGCGAGUGUAAAGAUGGAUGCACUGGCGAUAGAUGUGAAAUUCCAUCACCGUGCAGUGCUGCUCUUUGUUGUGGCACGGAUACUUGUAUUUCUUGUGAUAAACGUGGUAUUUAUUGUCGUGGUAUUGAUGAUAAUGAUAUUGGUGAUGAUCCUAGCACUCGUUCUCGUUUUGGUCUUGCUAAACUUGGUGUUCAUGAUCGUUAUUUUGGUGUUUUUAAUUGUCCUUAUGCUUGUUCUUUUGGUAGUGGUGGUCUUCGUAGUGGUCGUUCUCUUAAUGCUAGUGCUUGUUAG